CAAGGGGGAACAAGGGUAACAAAGGGGGAAAAGGGUAACAAGAGUAACAACGGCGAACAAGGAGUAACAAGGGGUAACAAGGGUAAGAAAUGGUAACAAAGGGUAACAAGGGGUAACAAUAGGAACAAGGGGUAACAAGGGUAACAAGGGUAAGAAAAGGAAAGAUCUAACAAAGGUAACAAGGGGGAACAAGGGGUAACAAAGGUAGCAAGGGGUAACAUGGAAAACAAGGGGGAACAAGGGGUAACAAGGGGUAACAAAGGUAACAAAGUGUAACGUGUUGUAAAGAGGGUAAUAAGAAGUAACAAGGGUAACCAUGCAGGGGGAACAAGGAGUAACAAGGGUAACAAGUGGUUACAAGGGGGAACAAGGGUAACAACGGGUAACAAGAGUAACAAGGGGGAACAUGGGGUACAAGGG